GGGACAGCGGUGUGUGUCAAUGGGUGUUGCCAGGAGGCGGGGCAGCGAGCUGAGGGCGGCAGGCAGGGGUGGGUGCGGGGAGGGGAUGGAUGGCUGAGGGAGCGGGGCGAAGAGCGGCGCCCAGAGAAAGAGAGACAUCCUCUGCUCCAAAGAACAAGGCAAGACAAACACAUAAUAAGACUGAGGACAACUGAUCAGGUGUUCAAGUAUCAUUCAUCACAGCCUUUGAUGUGAAAAUGACCAAGUUAGGGUUUCUCCGCCUGUCCUAUGAAAAACAGGACACGCUGCUCAAGCUUCUUAUCCUGUCAAUGGCAGCUGUGCUAUCUUUCUCCACUAGACUCUUCUCAGUGUUAAGAUUUGAAAGUGUCAUCCAUGAAUUUGACCCGUACUUUAAUUACCGCACAACCCGCUUCCUGGCAGAAGAGGGCUUCUAUAAAUUCCACAACUGGUUUGAUGACAGAGCCUGGUAUCCCCUGGGGAGGAUCAUUGGUGGAACCAUUUACCCAGGUUUAAUGAUCACGUCAGCAGCAAUUUACCAUAUUCUGCACUUCUUCCACAUUACCAUUGAUAUCCGAAAUGUCUGUGUGUUCCUGGCUCCUCUCUUCUCUUCUUUUACCACCAUAGUAACUUAUCACCUCACCAAAGAACUCAAGGAUGCAGGGGCAGGUCUCCUGGCUGCUGCCAUGAUCGCUGUGGUGCCUGGUUACAUCUCUCGUUCUGUGGCUGGCUCCUAUGACAAUGAAGGUAUUGCAAUAUUCUGUAUGUUGCUAACUUACUACAUGUGGAUCAAAGCAGUGAAGACUGGCUCCAUCUACUGGGCAGCCAUGUGUGCCCUUGCCUACUUCUACAUGGUCUCUUCAUGGGGUGGCUAUGUGUUUCUGAUUAAUCUGAUCCCCCUGCAUGUCCUUGUGCUGAUGCUGACAGGACGCUUCUCCCACAGGAUCUAUGUGGCCUAUUGCACAGUGUACUGCUUAGGAACCAUCUUGUCUAUGCAGAUUUCCUUCGUUGGCUUCCAGCCUGUCUUGUCAUCUGAGCACAUGGCUGCCUUGGGGGUCUUUGGUCUAUGUCAGAUCCAUGCCUUUGUGGACUACCUGCGCAGCAAGCUGAACCCCCAACAAUUUGAAAUUCUCUUCAGGAGUGUGAUCUCACUAGUUGGAUUUGUCCUUCUCACGAUAGGAGCCGUGCUGAUGCUGACAGGGAAAAUCUCUCCUUGGACUGGCCGUUUCUACUCUCUGCUGGAUCCUUCCUAUGCAAAGAAUAACAUUCCCAUCAUUGCUUCAGUCUCUGAACACCAGCCUACCACUUGGUCUUCCUAUUAUUUCGAUCUGCAGCUCCUUGUUUUCAUGUUUCCAGUUGGUCUGUAUUACUGUUUCAGUAAUCUGUCAGAUGCCCGCAUUUUUAUCAUCAUGUACGGUGUGACCAGCAUGUAUUUCUCUGCUGUCAUGGUACGUCUUAUGCUGGUUCUGGCGCCAGUUAUGUGCAUUCUAUCCGGCAUUGGUGUUUCUCAGGUGCUCUCCACUUACAUGAAGAACCUGGAUAUCAGCCGACCAGACAAGAAAACCAAAAAGCAACAGGACUCUACCUAUCCUAUUAAAAAUGAAGUUGCCAGUGGCAUGAUCCUGGUCAUGGCUUUCUUCUUGAUCACCUAUACUUUUCAUUCGACUUGGGUAACCAGUGAAGCCUAUUCCUCCCCUUCCAUAGUGCUCUCUGCUCGUGGGGGGGAUGGCAGUAGGAUCAUCUUUGAUGAUUUCAGAGAAGCGUAUUACUGGCUACGUCACAAUACACCAGAGGAUGCAAAGGUCAUGUCUUGGUGGGACUAUGGGUAUCAGAUAACUGCCAUGGCAAAUCGGACGAUUCUUGUAGACAAUAACACCUGGAAUAACACGCACAUCUCCCGAGUUGGUCAGGCAAUGGCAUCCACUGAAGAAAAGGCCUAUGAAAUUAUGAGGGAACUGGAUGUCAGUUAUGUGCUGGUAAUAUUUGGAGGCCUCACUGGAUAUUCCUCAGAUGAUAUCAACAAGUUUCUGUGGAUGGUACGAAUUGGUGGAAGCACAGACACUGGGAAGCACAUAAAGGAGCAUGAUUACUACACGCCAACAGGAGAGUUCCGUGUGGAUAGGGAGGGUUCCCCUGUGUUGCUCAACUGCCUUAUGUACAAGAUGUGCUACUACCGCUUUGGGCAGGUUUAUACAGAAGCCAAACGCCCCCCAGGUUAUGACAGAGUGAGAAAUGCCGAGAUUGGAAACAAAGACUUUGAGCUCGAUGUGCUGGAGGAGGCAUAUACCACAGAGCACUGGCUAGUCCGAAUAUACAAAGUAAAGGACUUGGAUAACCGUGGAUUAUCAAGAACAUAGAUUUGCCUUCAGCUUUAAUGCAAACUGCACUGACUGAACCCUUGCCUGUGAAGCAGAUUUUUUUUUAUAUAAUUUGUAAGUGCAGAAAGGAGUUGGAUUUAACUGCCUGUGAAGGCCCAUCCUCAUGUAUUCAGUCUGUCUUUGAUGGAAUGAUUUUUACAAAUCGGAACCGGUUAUCAAAUCAGAAAUAAUGGCUUUACGAUGGGUUGAUUAAAUGGGAAUGAAAAAAGU